AUGGCGCACUACAAGGAUGAAUACCCAUUGAGCUAUGUCCGCCUUGACGAUGACUUGCCUCAGAAAAGAAAGUCAAGACCGCUGUCGUCGGCAGAGCAGCAAGCAGUCUUGGAGUCAACGAUUUUCUGGGGUUCCAGCUGGACCCUGGAAUUUAUUAGUUGUCUCAUGUCGGUCAUUUUCCUGGCGGCUAUUAUUGUCGUACUGUAUAUGUACGAUGGGAAACCAAUGCCAGAUUGGCCAUAUGGCAUCACACUGAACGCGCUGGUGUCCGUCUUGUCGACGGUCAUGAAGGCGGCCAUGGUCUUCAUCAUCACAGAAGCCUUGUCACAACUCAAAUGGUCGUGGUUCAGCAAAGGAAAUAAGCUCAGCGACUUGGCGCUACUAGACGCAGCUAGUCGUGGGCCUGCGGGGGCUUUCAUUGCUCUCUUUCGUUUUGUUCCUCGCCAUCUAGUCACUUUUGGAUGUCUGGUGCUGGUCAUUGCCGCCGCUACAGACCCUUUCGUCCAACAAGUGAUGGGAAUCAAAGAACGAUCCGUCCAAGCACCAGGGAAAUCCUCAAUCCAAAUCUGUGAUUCAAAUGAAUACAACGAUUGGGACGAGGGCGCAGGACCUGGCAUGAACAAAGUGCCCCUCUCAACCCUCGGCGCCAUCUACUCAGGCAUCUUCCAAGAGCAAACCCCCAACAAGAAAAAUACCCUCAUGGACUGUGCCACAGGAAACUGCACAUUCACCCCAUACCAAACCCUAGGAUUCUGCAGUCGCUGCGCCAACAUCACAUCAUCCCUGAAAAAGAAAAAACAAGCAGGAAUGGUCUCCUACAUGUCCGCCUACAACUACACCCUCCCCAACGGCUUCUACUUCCACACAGCCAGCAACAUGAACUACCUCAUGAAUGCAACAAGCAACAAACCCCUCAUAGAGCUAGACACCAAAGACCUAGCCGUCAUCCUCAACUUCACAGCCAUAUCCUCAGACGGCUACGGAAUGACCCCCGUCAGCGCCACAGAAUGCGCUCUCUACUACUGCGUGGACACCUACAAAGCAGCCGUAACAGGCGGCAAAUUCACAGAAACAAUAACAUCAAACGUGGCAACCUCCAAUGCCUCAUCAACAGGCCUCGCCCUCAAAAACAUAGCCAUAACCCCAGAAACAUGCUACUUCAAUGGCUCAAGACUAAACACCACAUCCAGCCCAAACUGCACAUACACAGUAAACUGGCUAUCCCUCCUCUCAAUGUCAAAUUCCCUCUCCCCCCUCCUAAAAGGAACAGGCUCCCGCUUCGUCAGCAACAGACCAUCCUGGUCUUCUGAUACAGCAGAAGCUUUAUAUGGGUACUAUGGGAAUUACACGGAAAUCAACUCUGUUUUCGAAUCACUUGCUUCAUCACUAUCCAUCCAUGCACGGUCGAAAGUCUGCCACGCUGCGAAGAAUGGCACUGCCUGGACGACGCAGUCGUAUGUUCAGGUUCGAUGGCUGUGGAUGAUAUUGCCGUGUGCGCUUGUUGUGCUGAGUAUGGGGUUCUUGGUUGUUGUUGUGUUUCAUACGAGGAAGCAGUUUAUUUGGAAAUCUUCGCCUUUGGCUUUGUUGUUUUCGGAUUUGAGGGUUGAUGGGGAGGGAAAUUUUAAGAGGGAUCCCACUCUGAAGGGGAUGGAGGACACUUCUAGGAAGAUGGAUGUUUGGUUGGAGAGUUCGGCGGAUGGGCCGAGAUUGAAGGCUGUUGCGUCUCGUUCGUGA